AUGCCGCACAGAGUUCAGCAAACCUACCUGGAGACAAAAUCAGGGACAGACCUUCGUCGAAUAACCAAGAGUGGGCUUAUCAGAAUGGCCAACGAAGCCAUGUUGGAUGUGAGUAAACAGAAGAGGGAGCAAGAUAGACAGCGGUUGAACAAACUUAUAGUUCAAAGAAUGCGGGAAGAGCUUCCCGUUUACACUAUCCAAGAGAUUCGUAUGCACCGAUUGCCUUAUUGGGAAGCGAUGAUGAUAGAAAUGGAAGAAAAAGGUUACAAGAAAACUAUAGAAUACAUUAAUAAGAUAUUCAAGGUAGAGGAAUGCAAUGACCAAUUUAUAUUAAAAGCCAGCAAAAAUGAAUUAGAAAAGCUGUUCAAUUUUCUCAAAAUACAUGAAAUGUAUUUGAACCAAGACGUCUGUUCUAAAGCCUGCAGGGAGUUCUUGAAAUGUGGGAUAUACUUCGCAUUUUUGCAUAAAGACUGGUGGUGGCUGGGCGAACGAAUGUUAUUAGAUUCUAUUGAUAUGUGUUUCCAAUACCAAGCCAAAAAGUACGAGGCUUUCAGUCGAUUCUCUUACGCAAAGUUCAAAAUUGAAAACCUAAAGGACUUUUCUGUAGAAGAUGAGUUAAUUGUAGCGAAAGAAAUGAGUGCGACUGAACCUUGGGUGGUGAAAAUACUGUUUCCGGAUAUGAAAGACACUCUGUUCAUGCAGAUUUGUCUUUUGUUAUACAGAUGCUUCAUGAGAAAAGCUAGGCAGUGGGUAAAUACCCAUCCGAAAGAAGCGCUGGUGCUCGCAACUCAAGCCAAACGGAAUGCUGGAUCUGCUUGUUACAAAACGGGAGAGAUGGAGGCUUCUUUGAUCAAAGCUGCAUGUGAAAUUAAUUUGAACAGACCUAGAGAAGCUGUAGCUACCUUGAACUGCACCUUGACUCAGCAGACAUCGAUCAAAUCUCACGAAGGCGUGUGCAAAGUGAAGGCUGCACUUGUGAAGGCACAUCUUUGCAACAACGAUGUUGAUUCUGCGUUCUUGACACUGAACGAUUUGAGGGACCUAACCAAACGGUACAAUGUACUGAUGUAUUUGGCGGUAGCAUAUAAAACGCUAGGAGAAUAUUACAUCGAGAAAGGCGAACCUGGCAUUGCAGACCCUUUCAUCACAGAAGCACUCCUUAUUCUUGAGCAAUGCGAUACGAAAGAGUUUUCUGCAGAUAUUCUUUUCAUGAAGAACCUGGAAGCUAUUGCUAAGGGUUUGGAGCUAAUGCCCGGCUUCAUCAAACAUAUUCGCCAAUCUGAGGAACCGGGGCCGGAGCAAGAGUUAAGCUUAUCGUUGUUGAUAGAUUGGAAAAACGAAAGAAAGCCUUUCUGGCAUGUUUCAGUGGGAGAAAUGCGCCGAAGAUCUUCAGAGCAGUCGAGAAGUAUGUUGCACGAUACCUCCAUGAGAAUCAAGCCUCUUGAUCUGAUGGAUGCUUCCGCGAAAUUGCAGAAUGUAGAGAAGAAGUUGGCGAAGUUGAUGCAUGAUCAAAACGAAACGCCUGUCAUUGAACCGAUCUCAAAAAAGGUUUAG